AUGUCUGAAAAUGCGGGUAGUUCCACCACGACAACGUCCGAGGUGUGUCCAAUGAGUCAGUGCUACGAGAACUACAUUCUGAUAGACGUGGGAGCCAACCUAACAAACAAGAAAUACAGCCGCGACCUGGACUCUGUGAUCCAGCGAGCAAAGGACUCUGGAGUACAGAAGAUAAUGGUGACAGGAGCGAGCAUAAGAUCGAGCAAAGAAGCCCUUCGUCUCACCAGGAUCUACCCAGGGACCCUGUACUCAACCGCUGGAGUGCAUCCCCACGACGCUAAAUCCUGGGACAACGACGAGACCAUGGAGGAACUGGAGAGCAUAGCGAACAAUCCCGAGUGUGUGGCGAUAGGUGAAUGCGGUCUAGAUUACAACCGAGAUUUUUCAGAUCCCGAGACCCAGAGAUCAGUCUUUCAUAAGCAGAUUGAGCUGGCCUGCAGGCUCAACAAACCCCUGGUGAUUCACGAGAGAGGAGCUCAAAAGGACGUUCUCGAGGUCCUCUCCAAUUACAAGAAUCGCCUGCCACCAGUGAUGAUUCACUCAUUCAUCGGAAGUGCUGAUGAGGCGCGUCUGUACCUGGACGAGGGCUUCUACCUGGGUAUCACGGGGUAUCUCUGCAAGGACAAGUCCGACAGUGGGGUCAGGCAGAUUCUCGAGGGUGGCAACAUAUCACUGGACAAAAUUCUGGUCGAGACAGACGCUCCAUUCAUGUAUCCCAACACCAGGGCCAGCAAACUUCCGAUUCACGUCAAGGACGGAUUGACCGAACGAUCGAUGACAUUUUUGCACAGAUACUGCACCUUCCAGAGGAAUGAGCCAUGUGCACUGCCUGCUGUGGUGGAGAUGGUGGCUGCUUUCAUGCGAAAAUCACCGGAGGAAGUGGCACUUGCUACCGCUUUCAAUGCGCUCAAGGUCUUUGGUUUGAGCCAGUGAUUUUAUCAAGAGCUUUUCAAACGAAAUAACUAUUUGGUGAGAAUUGGAGUCGCCAGAGGCAGUGGUUUUUACUGAGUGUGGUGCUGAUAUUCAGAUGGUGCUCCUACCAGGCAGCUGCGAGGCUUCGAACGCCGAACGAUUUUUACGAUUAUUUUAAUCAUAAUUUUUAUGUGACAAAGUCUGGAGAUUUUAUUGACGUUAGACCCUAGCUUAGACUGGAGGAGAGGCGGCCUCCUCGUGCUUGAGAAUACUCAUUCAAUAUUUUUUUUUAAUCUCCAAAUUACUAUAUUGUCUGGAGGUAAUGAUAACUUAACAACUGCUGAGAGUUCGUCACACUUGAGUCUAAUUGCUUGUGAGAUGUAGCGAAUUCUUUCGGGCUCGGAAAGCUUUUGCCAUGUUCUCGAGUGAAUGGGAAUGACUGUGUGCUUUCCUACUGCCUCGAGUUGUUUUAUUAACAAUGACCAGUGGCCAGUCAGACGAUCUGUGUUACGGGUGUGUCCAUAGGUAGGGACGUUGAGGAAUAUCAGGCUGAAAAUAAUCGAAGAGAAAUUUUUUUCUUUCGUGAUCACGAGAGGAAAACUAAAGGUAAAUCCUGAUUUACAACAUUUUGUUGUUUUGAUAAAUAGAUUAUAGAAAUAUUUUUCAAAAAUAAUUCGGUAUGAAAAAUGGACGAGAAGAUGUAGAAGUGGAAGCGGUCACUCAAAUAAAAUUAAUCGCUUUCCCAUGAA